UCCACUGCCGCCGAACGGAGUGAGCCACUGCCGUCGUCCGUCGUUGUCCGAGGCUUCUCUCUUCGUCCUUCGGCGUUCUCCAAGUCUCGAACCGCUGUCCGCUCUCAGAUUCACCAGUCGCAGUCGCGCAGCUUCUUCCUCGAGCGUCCGUUGUCUUCGUCUUCUUGCCGUCGUCUUCGUCUGCUGACUCUUCUCGCCGCGGUUCUCGCCGUCUCAGACCGAAGCCCUUCUCCAUUCCAAUCUCCUUCCUUCGAGUUCAGAGAUCAGAAGUUCAACCAAGAGAAAAGCCCUAGCCUCCACCACCGUCGCAAGGAGCAGCCGUGUUUGCCACCGUCCGCCGCAGUCAGGGUUGUCUCUUUGAGUCUUCGUCCGCCGCAAAUGAAACCAGAAUCGAAAAGAAAGAGUGACAAAGCCCACACUUAUAGCCAUGAAAAACCUUCAUGCUUUGAUAGUUUUGCUGAAAUGUCAAACGCUCUGUUAAAUUUUGAUAUCACCAUAAGAAACCAAAGUUCUCCCAAUAUUAUUGGUUCUGCAACUAAUCAAGAUCCUAAUUCAAUUCAAUCUCUCUCAAAAGAUUGCUUCGACUUUAAUAAUUUAUGGAAGACAUUGAAUUACAUAGAGAAGAAGAAUGCAAAACGCAUAAUCGUCGUUAAGAGGGUUGAUAAGAAAAAAGAAAAGAAAAUGAAGAGGAAGAAGGAGAAGGAGGAAUUUCAAAUAAUAAAAUUCUUGACAAUGAACCCAAAGAAGCCGUUUGAAAGCAUUGUAAGAGUAAAAGGUGGAAACAGAAAGGAGCAAAAUUCAGAGAAAAACUCAGAUAAUCAAUUUGGCUUGGAAGAGUUUAUUGAUGCUGUAAAUCAUGGAGGCUUUCAUCUUAGAACAAGGAUUCAUCUUAAGAAUAAGAAUACCCAAUAGAAAGAACCAAAACACAAAUAAAUUUGGUUAGUUUCUAUCAUCUUAGAAGAAGAGAUUUUUCUUCUAAUUUAAACAGUGACUGUAUGUCCGUCAAGAUUUAUAUUUCUCUUACUUUUAGUGUAGAUAAGAACUUCUAACCGUGAUAUCAUGAUGAAAUCUUGUUAGAUAUUAUUCAAUUUGUUUUUCCUGUGUUUUCUCUUGCUUUAAAUUUAGUGUUUAAAGA